GGUGGGGACAGAAGGUUGGUUUUUUGGUAAAUGAAACUGUAACUGUUAGUCAACACGAGUAAUUGUCUGUUUCAAUCAGAGUAGCUACGAAUAUAUCGCCGACAGUAUGGCCGCACUGAGCAAUAAAUCUGACCAAGAAAUCAAGGACCUGCUGGAUGAGUAUGGAAUUAAGCAUGGGCCUGUCGUCGACACUACAAGACCACUGUAUGAGAAGAAGCUGAAAGAAGCCAUGGCCAAAGCCAAGGUCACUGUGACAAAACCAUCCCCAGACAGAACCUUCUACAGAGAGGACCAGGAAGAAGUCACCUACGUUACCUGUCAGACACCAGUUAGAAGUGAGGGGCCUUCUGGAGAUGGGAAACCCUACAUGAGGUCAAGACCAGAGUACAGCGAGAGGGACCGUGUGGAUGAUAAACCAUAUUCAAGACCCGAGUACAGCGAGAGAAACCGGGUGGAUGAUAAACCCUAUUCAAGACCAGAGUACAGCGAGAUAGACCGGGUGGAUGAUAAACCCUAUUCAAGACCCGAGUACAGCGAGAGAAACCGGGUGGAUGAUAAACCCUAUUCAAGACCAGAGUACAGCGAGAUAGACCGGGUGGAUGAUAAACCCUAUUCAAGAUCAAAACUAGAGUACAGAGAGAGGGACCGGGUGGAUGAUAAACCCUAUUCAAGAUCAAAACCAGAGUACAGAGAGAGGGACCGGGUGGAUGAUAAACUCUAUUCGAGAUCAAGACCAGAGUACAGCAGCGGAAGACAGUACAUUGAUGAGCCCCAUGUCUACAACACACCGUCGUCUUCAUCAUCCUACUCCAAACCAACGCCCGUGAUGAAGUCUGGAGGUGUCGUGAAGAAGGAAAACACGACGAGCUCUGGGAGACUGAUCCCUCUCUGGAUCCAGUUCCUGGUCUUCCUGAUCGUAGCCGGGUUCCUCUACUUCAUAUUCACUAACAUGGAGUCUGCAGAGAGUAGCCCCUUUAACAAAAUCCAAUGAUCAAAUUUACAAAUACAUGUCAAUCUGGGAUGUGUUCAUUAGGCAAGAAACGGUCCAAAAUGGGGAAGUACUAUUUGAACUUGCGCUAUAAGAAUCGCUUGUUUUCUGUUGGACAAUAUUUUGAAAAUGUUUCAUUUACGUGUGUCCUAAUGAAUACGACCCAUUUUUCAUAUUUUACAAAUAUAUUAUGGCAUUUCCCAUGCCUGUUUUUAACUCUUUUUGCGUGUUCUUUAUAUAAGGUGACUGACAUUGGGUUCUGGGAACUUUACUAUUGGUGAAAGGAAAGCAGUAACAUUUCCUCCUGUCCCAACUCCUAUUGUAGUUACUAGAUGGUGAUGUGUAUAUAGUGUUCUGUUUAUCAUAGAACUAUCUUAGGGUGCUUCUACUGUGGGUAAUAGUGAAGCCACUUUUACUCACAGUACUAUCUUCAUCUUCACAAAUGUAGAGAGCCCCCACAGCCCACAGUAAAUGUAGAGAGCCCACAGUAAAUGUAUAUGAUACGGUUUAUUUGGUAUGAUUUGGUAAUGGCUAUUUGUGGAAAGGUCCUGACACAAUGAGCCAUCUAGUUGUAUAGUCUUGUUUAGUCAGCCAGAUGCAGUAUCCUCAUAUUCUCUCUGCAUUCUUGGGGGUAUACAGUAAUACAAAGCAGUACUGUAGCUUGAAAUGGGCAUGGGGGGUCUAAUUGACUCAACAACCAAAAACACAUCUAAGUUUUAACUGGAAAAUGUCUAGUUAUUUCUGGAAGUUAGCUGGCUAACUCAUGGAUCCUGCAUUGUAGUAUACCCCUCAGGAGAACCCCUCAGGAGAACCCCACCUGGCAUUAAAGUUCUAAAUGCCGUCACAAAAUUCUAAAUGACGUUUUAAAGUUCUAAAUGACAUCACUAAAUUCUAAAUGACGUUUUAAAGUUAUAAAUGACGUUGCAAAAUUCUAAAUGACAUUAAAGUUCUACACAAGGCAAUCGUAAACAGAUCCACAGCCCCCCCCCCCCCGAUUUAAUUGUGGGGGACAAUACAGUUCUAAAUGAAGCGCCGUAGCAUUUUGAACUGUUAAUGAUUUCUAUCCAUACAUUUAUAGAAAUGUAAUUGCUGUGGUCGGUGUAUCGUCAUUUGUAAUGUGAGUUGUGGUUUUGUUAGAUGUACUCGUGUUAGCGCCUGGCGUCACCACAUGACAUGCCACAGCUUUUUAUUUUUCUACACCUGCAGUAUCAUUUGUAAUAGUAACUUUUUAAAGUUUUCAGACACUUGGUCUGUUAUCAGAGGAGAUCACUUUGGUCACACAAGAAUGUUUAUAAGCACAGGCUGUGUCCUAUAUAGGUAAUAGGAUGCCAUUUAGGACAGACUCAGUUUACAAAUGAAAAUACUUUCAGCAGGACAGUAACUGUUUACAUAGAUUUUUCUGACUGUUCAGAUAUAUUUUGUAUCCAGCCAUUGAGUCAUUCAUAGGAUUCUCCAACUUUAAAAUAAAUGUUUUUAUAUCAA